AUGCCAAAUAUUGAAAAUUUAGAACGAAAACCUUAUCAAGCCGAGUCUAAAUUUAAUCGUCCCACGACCUUAGACCGUGAGCAAUUAGAAUAUUCAGCCCAACAAUUACUAAAAUACGGCACUAUUCUUUUUGCGGUGGUUUUAGCGGUAAAAGACAAACCCAAUACUUUCUUAUUAAAAAUUGCUAAUCAGAAAUAUUUGAGUUCUUAUCGGGUGGAUAAAAAUGGGACUGCUUAUUGGAAAUUUAGAGAAGUUGAGCGAGAUGAGGAACCGGAGCCACAACUCAAUCCGAGCCUUUCUGAAACCACAGUUAAGACUAAUCCGGUCCCUACUCCCCCCAAUCUCAACCCGCAACCCUUAAAUACUAAUCCCAUUCAGUCGUUUAUCCCUGACCCCACUAAUUUGGAUCCGGUAGCAAAAUUUUAUCAAAGACAAGCCAAAACCAAGUUAGCCAGUAAUUUAAAAACUUUGGCCCCAACCAAUAAUGAAACGACUCAACUAAUCACUUACACGCUAAUUGCCACGGCAGUAAGAUUGAAAACUGCUUUUGAAACCAAAAGUGUUGAAUAUAAAGCCCUAUUACAGGAGCAUUUGAUUGAUAUUCGGCAACUAAUUUCUACUCGCGACUUUCUUCAUGAGGCUCUUCAUGAAGCCGAAAGUAAGUUAGAAAUUGCUGGCACUAUUCAGGCUUUUGAAGUUCUCAACUUACGCGGAAUUGAUGUUUUUAGUCCGCGAGAAACUUUUCGGUUAGCAGCUCGGGAAGGAUUAAUUUCUAAUCUCAAAGGCUGA